AUGGAAGAAUUCAAAUGGGAUGACACAUAUCAAAGGGCAUUUGACCAGAUUAAGAAAUACUUGUCGACUCCUCCUGUCAUGAUGCCACCAAGGAAGAAAUGGCCGAUGAAGUUAUAUUUAUCGGCUACUGAAGAAUCCAUUAGAGCUAUGUUAGCACAAGAAAAUGAAGUAGGAAGUGAGCAAGCAAUAUAUUAUCUUAGCCGAGUUUUAACUCUAGUCGAGUGUAGAUAUACACCAAUUGAGAAAUUAUGUUUGGCUUUGUAUUUUGUAGCAAUGAAAUUAAGAGUCUAUAUGUUGCCUGUUUUGGUUUAUAUUGUUUGUCAAACCUAUCUUAUAAAGUAUAUGUUAUCAAGGCCAUUAAUCACAGGCCGGAUUGGCAAAUGGGCUUUGGCACUAAUGGAAUUCAAGUUUGCAUAUGUUCCACAAAAGGCAAUUAAGGGAAGAGCAUUGGCAGACUUUCUUGCCGAUCAUCCAUCACCUGAAAUUGAAUCACAAGUGUUUGAUGAGCUUGACUCGGUAGCUAUAUUCAUGACCCCUUGGACUUUAAUGUUUGAUGGGUCGAGUACCAGUGAAGGGUCAGGAGCUGGCAUUGUGCUAAUAUCCCCAACAGGGAAUCAAAUUUCGUUUUCUUUCUUUUUGGAUUUCAGGUGCUCAAAUAAUCAAGCCGAGUAUGAAGCAUUGAUUAUGGGCUUGGAAAUUCUGCUAGAAAUGGCAGUCAAAGACGUCCACAUUGUGGGAGAUUCGAGUUUAGUGAUUAAUCAAAUCUCAGAAGACUUUAGAUGCUUGAAUUGGCAAUUAAGACCAUUCCAUUCAUUGGUAACCCAAUUGGUUAACCAAUUUCAUAAUGUGACUUUGGAAUAUAGACCAAAGGCCAUGAAUAAAAUAGCUAAUGAUUUAGCACAGAUUGCUUCAGGAGUUAGGGUUUCGAGUGGUAUGAAGGAAAAGAUAAUGAAGAUUACACGCCGAUCUCUUCCAUCGGCUGAAAUAAGAAAUCAAGUUAUGGAAGAAGUCUUUGCCACUGAUGUUGCUGAGUUGGAUGAUGAUGAUUGGCGAAUCCUUUACAUCUUGUUCUUGCAACAUCCAACUCAAGAAACUGACCGAAGAAUAAAGAGAAGUAUAGUUGACUAUGUGCUUAUGGAUGGAGAUCUUUAUAAAAGAUCGGCUGAUGAUGGUUUGUUAUUUCAGUGCAUUAGUAAGUUUGAGGGUUUGAAGAUUAUGGCCAAGGUACAUGAAGGGAUAUGUGGAGCUUACCAAGCCGGCAUAAAGAUGAGAUGGUUGAUACGCCGAUAUGGAUAUUAUUGGCCUGGAAUGAGAAAAGAUUGUAUGACUUAUGCAAAAGGUUGUAUAGACUGUCAAAAGCAUGGCCCAAUACAGUGGGUUCCAGCAAUAGAAUUACAAUUAUUAGUUAAACCAUGGCCUUUCAGAGGUUGGGCCAUGGAUCUAAUCAACAAGAUUAAUCCGCCUUCAUCAAAAGGUCAUCAUUGGAUUAUUUUAGCUAUCGAUUAUUUUACUAUGUGGGUUGAAGCCGAGGAAUAUGUCUCAGUAACUCAUAACACUGUGAUACAAUUUCUAGAGCGACAUAUCUUUCAUCGAUUUGGUUUACCAGAAACAAUCGUUGCCGAUAAUGGACCUGUGUUUCGAGCAAAUAAAGUAUUACAACUCGGCAUUGAUAUGUAA